UGUAGGUGGUGAAAACAUGCAAGGUACAGGCACUGUGCAAUCAACUUCAUCAAUUCUGUGUGCGCACAGUUUCCAUCGCUAUUGUUUUGGAGUAAACCAUAAGAAUGAUUGGGAGAGAGGAGGGUCAUCUUUGCAUUGAUUUCAAACUUAAAGGAUGCUCUCUGGUGUUGGGAUAGUGCUCCUCGUUCUCCUGGAGUUGUCCAGCCCUCGAGCCGUCUCCAGCCAGUGCCAGUGUUCCGCGCUCCAGACCAAACAGCUGAGAGUGAACUGCAGCUCCCUGAAGCUCAAAGGGGUUCCACAUGUACCUGCAGACACUGAGGAACUCCAUCUGCAGAACAAUCUUCUGACGGGCGUUCCCGUUGGGUAUUUUGACACAAUGCAGAACCUGAGAAUGGUGCACCUGUCAGGGAACCGUUUUCACUGUGACUGCGGAAUCCAAUACCUGCGUACCUGGCUCCUGAGGAACCGGGCGCUGGUACAAACCAUGCCCAUCUGUGCCAGUCCAGAUGCCCACGCGAACAAAGUCAUCACUGAACUGGUUGAUUCUGACUUCUCGUCCUGUAGUCCAGGCCACAGUUGUCCUGGUGCUCUUUAUGACAUCAUUUUGGGAUCCAUGCUUUGUGCUCUGAUUGUGUUACUGUUUUGGAGCAUUAAGUUGGCGAAGGACUCGACGUACAUCCUUGGGAUUUAUGACAAGCACGCUGGCUUCGAGGCGGAAUCGCUGAGGUCCCGCAAACCAAAACACAGGAUGAGGAUACAGCGAGGAGAUGGGGCGAGCUCCUCAGAUAUGGUGGAUGAGCUGGAGCAGCCGUUAGUCAAUAUGGAAAUACUCCCGCAAAUCGUUGAUGUUUUACACAAGAAGCACAAUAUAAAGAUCAAAGUAGUAUGAAAUAACUUUUUUUAUUAAAUGUUUUUUUUUACUAUUACAUAUAUAUAUGUAUAUUUUAUAUUUUAAAAAAUGUUAACAAUACUAUGGAUUGAGGUUCCUGCCCUCAGAACCCUGAAAAUGACUCCAAACGAGUAUAAUAUCUGGUAACAAAACGUCUUAAUUUUUUUUAUCUUCAGUUAAACAUGCAAUAUGCACAUCUUUUAAAGGAAUUAACAACAGAUGGAAAAAACAAUUAAAGACACAACAAGUGUCAGCUUUAAAGUUACAAACACUGAUAAGACAUGCACAUUGUUUCACACUGAACAAAGCAUACAAGUUGAUUUUUGGUCCUAUGGUAGUCAUUGUUCCAAGUUCACUAAGCUAAUUUCUCUCCAAUUCAAAUCUGUAUGGGCCUAGUCAUGUGGAAUCCAUGGCUCACUUCUCAAUGUAUGAAUGUGUGUACAUAUUUAUAUGAAUUUUAAAUCAAGGUAAUCUUUGAAGUU